UGAGCGCUUCUAGGCAGAUCCAACUGACACAGAGAAGCAGAAAGAAAACUCCAAAACAAAGCGACAGAAACCAGAUAAAAUGUACACACGAUCAGACAGCAUGACUCUGACUGUCCAGGAGGAGAGGUUCGCCUUUACCUCCGGGAUGACGACCCGCAGCACCCAGCCUGAGGUCUUCACCUUCGAGCGGACUCCAGCUCAAGCCACCGCCGUGCGCUCCUACGUGCCCAUCCGGCCCAAGAAGCGCUGCACACGGGUCAUGUACCCGGCCAAGGUCCGCAUGCACCUUCCGCCACCGGAGAGGAGCCAGGCCAAGCGCUGGCUUGUCAUCCUGUGCCUGGUGGUUCUGUGGCAGAUCUACACCGAGGAGCCGUGCGCAGACGCGCCGCUGGGCGCAAACGGCUCCAUCAGCGAGUACCAGGGCUUCAGCUUCCAGUCCGCCGAGGAGCAGGCCCGGCAUAUGUCGGAGCAAAGCGCUGCACCGAUACUCUGUGAGAAGACCGACGCAUCCAGAGAGCAGAACGUCCCCAGCACCGCCUGCCUCACGCCGGCCCAGCAGAGCGAAUCCACCGGCUUCGAGCAGAGCGCAGGGAAGAGCAUGGUGGCCCUGCUGGUCUACCAUACACUGGGCAACGACAGCUAAGUCUGCCCGGACUGGUACCACUGUAAACAGCCCGAAUCUGGGCUCAUAGGAUCGAUAAACUUAGCCAAACUGGAGUUGAUCCUGAGAAUCCCCGGACAGAAGCGGUGCACCCUUUGCGGUGCAGCCGGGGAGGAGGCUCCAUGCUCCGGCUUCACCCAGCCAGCAGACUCCCUCACUGCACGGGAGGAUGAACUGUCUGGAGAGAGAAUCUGGGAGAAUGACAGAACUGUGAACACUAAGAAGAAAACAGAAACUUGAACUCCAGAAAACUUGAACUGAAUCAGUGAAUCCUGCACAAAGACUCUGAUUCUGCACUGUGAGCCUGCGGGCCAACGCUGUUCCACAAGAUCCAAUGAUUCUACAUGAAAAUCUGUCUCUUGUGUAGGCUGACAUGCCUGAACCUGACACUAUGUUAUUGCUAUUCAUAUUUUUUUAUAGAUGUCUUGUUUAGUUAUUUAUUUUAUUUGCUAUUUAUUAUUUUGUAAUAAAAAAUCUUGAAAUGAA